AUGGCUAAGAUAGAAGCAGCAUCCCUGGCUGAUGACUCCACCCACUUCUUCUUCCCAACAUGGCAGAGUGACUGUUUCAUAUCCUCUCUCUAUCCUUUCCAAAUCUUUGCCAUUAUCCUUAAAUCUUUUCCUUGUGGAUUUGGCUUUGUAACUUUCUCCUCCAUGGCCGAGGUUGAUGCUGCCAUGGAUGCAAGGCCUCAUUCCAUUGAUGGCAGGGUGGGGGAGCCAAAACGUGCUGUAGCAAGAGAGGAGUCUGGAAAACCAGGUGCCCAUGUGACUAUGAAGAAGCUGUUUGUUGGUGGAAUUAAAGAAGAUACUGAGGAACACCACCUUAGAGAUUAUUUCAAAGAAUAUGGAAAAAUUGAUACUAUUGAAAUAAUUACUGUUAGGCAGUCUGGGAAGAAAGGCUUUGGCUUUGUUACUUUUGAUGACCAUGAUCCUGUGGAUAAAAUUGUAUUGCAAAAAUAUCACACCAUCAAUGGUCACAAUGCAGAAGUUAGAAAGGCAUUGUCUAGACAAGGGAUCCAGGAAGAAGUCCAAAGUUCAAGGAGUGGAAGAGGGGGAAACUUUGGUUUCGGGGAUUCUUGUGGUGGUGGUGGCAGCAAUUUUGGACCAGGACCAGGAAGUAACUUUAGGGGGGGAUCUGAUGGAUAUGGAAGUGGACGUAGAAUUGGGGAUGGCUAUAAUGGGUAUGGAGGAGGACCUGGAGGAAAUUAUGGAAGUGGAAAUUACAAUGAUUUUGGAAAUUAUAACCAGCAACCUUCUAACUAUGGCCCAAUAAAGAGUGGAAACUUUGGUGGUAGCAGGGACAUGGGAGGACCAUGUGGUGGAGGAAACUGUGGUCCUGGAGGAAGUGGAGGAAGUGGGGACUAUCGUGGGAGGAGCCCACACUGA